AAAUAAUGAUGAAGGUUGCUUUUGUAUUCUUGGCGCUCGCCAUGAUGAUUGUUGGCAUCAAUGCUGACGCCUGGGCUCAAUUCUGUAAUGAUGAUAAUUGCUCUGUUGGAUGUGGUGAAUGGGUUGCUGUUGGUAACCCUGGCUGCUUGGGCGAAUCUGGUCGUAAAAGUGUCAAUUUCAAGGGUGAUUCUCCUUGGCACUAUGCUUUGCUCUAUACUCCUGUAGGCAACAGUCAAUGUGGUUGUCAGUUUGCCUGUGAUCCCGAUGUAUGGCCUAACCCAGGAUCUCUUGGUAGCUUCCAAUGCCACAAGUUGAAUGCUGAUGCAAGUUCCUUCAGAUUCAUCGGUGAUAAUGGUUACUGCCCUAGUGACACUUGUUAAAAUUAUCAAUCCAUUUAUCCUUUAAAUAAAAUAUAAUAUCCAUCAAUGAAAUGUUCUUCAUGAUGACGAUGAAUUGUUUUUAUUUUUA